AUGCCGCAUCCCCCCGGCCCAUUCGACAUCUUUCCCCCCACAGACGUCCACCACUGGCUCACAGACCUCCAGCUCAGGAUAAAAAACGGCAUCAACCCCCCAGACUCUCCAGGCCCAUCCCGCUCUCCCUCCCCGCUCCUCAAUGGGCACAUCGACGCUUUUCAAGAUGAUGGCGUAAAUCAACAAGAACAAGACAAGGACAGUGAGGCUGAUAGUGAGAGUGAAAGCGAUGGCAGUGGCGAGGAAGAAGAGGAGCUGGACGAUAUAAAUCACCAGCCGCAGAACACGCUCGCUGCGACGAAUUAUCUCGAGGUCUCUUCCGACGACGAAGACGAAGACGAGCUUCAAGAUGAUGAUGGGCAAUAUGAAGAAGAGGGUGACUAUUACGAAGACGACCGCGAAGCCAACGUCGCGUACGAUGAGCAGGAUGAGCUCUACGACGACGACCCGCGCUACGGUGUCGAGCCCGAAGAGGACCACCAAGCGUACGUUGGUUCUGAUGGCGACGUUUACGCGGAUGAGUAUGGGACCGAUGAAAGUGAAGACGAAAAUGAGGAAGAGGAGGAGGAGGAAGAGGAUGGACAAGAAAAUGAGCCUUCAGAAGAAGGGAACGAGUCGGACGAUUCGGACGGUAUCGAAUACGUUGGUCAAUCCCAAUCCCCCUUGCCGGCCCCUUCACCAACACUCAAUCCUCUCGAUUCCCCACUGCAGGCCGCGCCCGUUCCCUCGGCAGCAGCUUCCACAUCAAUAUACCCAGGUACCGGUAUCUACCCUGCCCCCGCUUCAGCCCUGCCCGCACUGUCUGAUCUGACAUACGCGCCAUCCCCAUAUGCCGACCCCGGUGCGCCAAUAUCGACAUCCACCCCUGAUCCCACAUUCUCCGCCCAGGCUCCCCUUCCUCCCAGCGUGGAUACGCAGGUAUAUCAAAGUGAGAUGGAUAUCGACCCCACGUUGCUGGGAAGCGGGUAUCAAAUCGAUACCGCCUUUUUGAAUGAUCUUGUCCAACAUGUGGCUCAAGGGGGGGCACCUUUGAGUGGUAUGGGACAGCCUGGGCCGUCAUUUGGCUCUUUUGAUCCAGCUCAAAAUCAAGAAGUCGACGGGAUGCCCAGCUUGCCAAGUCUUGAUCAACCUGGAGAGUGUGACUACGAGAUGGGCGAUGAAUACAUGGAUAAUGAGGUGAUAUUGGAAGAGGACGAGGUGGCCGGUGAUCAAGAUGUCUCGGGAAGAGACCCAUCGGAGCCACCCAAACAUGAUGAAGACAUGGAGGAGGCAGAUCAGGAAGUUGCUGAGCAAGAAAGCUUGUCGUCCGGAGAUGCAAGGGCGAAUGAUGAAGAAGGGGAGGAGGACUCGAUUACGGUCAAGACUACAACUGUUCGCGAAGUCAUAGAGUUUGACUCUUCGUCCGAUGAUGGUGAAGAGGAAGAAGAUGAGGCGGAACAGGACAAUCAGGCGGAGGAUCAUGAAGAAGAUGAGGAUGAGGAUGAGGAUGAUGAUGAAGAAGAGGAAGAAGAGGAAGAAGAAGAGGAAGAAGAAGGAGAAGAAGCCGGCGAGGGGCGUAUUUCCGCAGCGCACGCGGCAUUCUUGCAAGACGACUCUAUAGAAGAGGAAGAGGAAGAGGAAGAGGAAGAGGAAGAAGAGGAAGAGGAAGAGGAAGAGGAAGAGGAAGAGGAAGAGGAAGAGGAAGAGGAAGAGGAAGAGGAAGAGGAAGAGGAAGAGGAAGAGGAAGAAGAGGAAUGGGGCCGGGCAGACGGCGAGGAUGAGGAAGGGUCUGUUGGCGACGAGCAACCUGAAGACGAACCUUUUGUCGCGAGAGAUCUUACUGUUGAUACGGAUCAAGUCGUGGAAGAUGUCCUUGUCGCAGGAGAAGAGGUGAUCGAAAGCGUAGAGUCCCGGAAUGAGGUCACUUCCUCAAAAUCAGCAACACCUGUCGAGUCGGCCCCUGCGGAAAGUGAGAUUCAUGAAGGCGUCGACGAGGGUCUUGUUGAGACGUCUGCGGAGAGUGCUCAUGAGGCGAAAGAUCUUUCGGACGAAGGAGCGCGAACAGAGCACCACCAGGAAGCGAUCGAGGUACAGGAGACGGAGAUCAGCCAGGCGAGCCCGGUGGACCACGGGGAGCAACCUGAGAUAUUCCCAGAUUCUGAGGUCAUUAGCGUUGCACGCGAUCGAACUCCCGCAUCAAACGGCUCUUCUUCAACCCCCCCGGAUCCUGCCAGAUCCCCACCACCCACAUCUCUACUCGCUCCCCUCUCCCCCCACUCUCUACAACCCCACCCACCUCGCUCUCCCUCCGUCGAAGCACAGAUUGCCAACGACCCCCGCCCGUCCGAGGUCCCAGAACCCCCACUUUCAAAGGACCAGAGCGAGCGGGAAGAGACGCCUGUAGAAUUCCCAGAACCGAAAAGUGCUCCACCGGAUUCAGACUUUACUGCAGAAUUCGCCUACAACCCCGAUCCACACCCUCCUUCUUCUCCUUCCCUCAUUGUCGAACCUCCCGCCGACCCCAGACCCGACAUUACAUUCUCCCGCACUGUCUCUCGCGCCGCUACCCCCUCGAUUGGGGCUGCUUUCUCCAAUGGCGAUGGGGCUGUACCUGGAACUCCGGUAGAAUUCCCAGACCCCCGUCUGCCUCCUGCGGACGCGCAUCUCGAUGUGCCAUUGACCCCGCAUGGCCUUGAGCCGAACGAUGAAGGGGAGCAAAGUCCAAGCUUGCGUGUUCAGGUUGGGGCCUCCAGGAAGGGGAGCCUCUCCGGGCCUUCCUCGCCACCUUUAGAGUCUCAGGAACCCGAAGUAUCUGGCGAUAGUAGGGUGGAAGCACACUCCGAUCCGGAAGCUUCCAAGUCCAGUGAGCCAGAUGAGCACUGUCCGCGCCAGUCGCCCACAUACGCAGCCGCAGAGAUUGAGGCCGAGGACGCCACGUCAUUGCCGUUGGAGGACGACAUCCCAAUGGCUCCCAUGGAUGACUAUGACGUUCAAGGUUCAAUCCUUGCCGAGCAAGAAGAGGAGGCUGGCUUAGGUCAAGAACUAGAGCCCCAUGUGGCUGCAGAUAUUGUUCACGAUGUCGAAGCACCUGGUAUCGAGGGCACCGACGAUAAGUCUGAACAAGUGGCGGCCGACCUGCCCUUGGAUGCAGCGGAGCUCGCCGAAGGCAAUCAGCGGGCAGCCGAGGAGCCCAUAGGAGAAGGGCCAGAACAAGUGGCAGACGGAAAUGUCGACACUGGAGGGGAGAAGCCUUACGCAUCUGCUUAUAAAGGCAAGGGUCGCGCAUUGGAGAUCGAGCCACAAGACGAGGAACGCGUCCUCGACGAGCGCUUGCCUUCCGACCCUGCCUCUGCCACGGCCUCUCCCGAACGCCCUCCAUUGGCUACGUCCAAUUCGGCUAUCGAGAGACUGAGGCAUCAUCACGGGCUCGGAUCUUCUUCCCACACACGGAUUCCUACACAGGCUAGAGAGGUUUCGAGAAAUAGCCUCAAGAGCCAUCGAGGUAGAGAUGAAGGGUCACCUUCGCCCCCCGCCCCCCCAGUGACGCGUUCGCAUUGCUAUUACGAGAAACUGCGCCUAACCUACGAGGGCGCUGUUGCUGUCAUUCUCGCUCCUCACUGUUCCCUCUCCAACGCCCAGGAGAUUGAACAUGAAGAGUGCACGGUAGAGGGUGUGCCGUCAGAAGGGGAAGAACAGCAGGCGCGACUAGGCCAAAUGAGCCAUGACAACGAGGUUCUACAACCUGCGUUUUCCACAAAACUCCGAAGGAUAGUGGGUGCCCAACUCUUCGACGAGGGAUGUUGUUAUCUUCUCCUUGCCGACGAUAAUGCGAAGCUUCCACCGCCACCAUCCGAGGCCAAAGAAUCAACACCUCAAAGCUCUUCCGCCCGAGGCGGGCCAAAAAGCCGCACAUCCCUUACCGCUUCCCAAGUCAGCCCUUUCAAGCCUGCUAUUGGCAACCCUCUGACUGCCCGCACAUCCAAGCGUCUCUCUGCCUCCCUCGAACCCUCCACACCUCCUCGUAAGCGUCUGAGUCAAGAACCCGAGCCUUCUCGGGGAUCCCCCGCCGGUUCAGUGACAGAUGUGGGCGAGGAUAGCGCUACGGAUAGCCCGGAAGCCGAUCCCACGCCGAGGAGAUCGACGAGGCUCAGCCUGAAGAGAGAAGCGAAGCAGGCUCCGCCCGUGCGCGAAAAGAGAGGCGGGAGCUCACUGAGGAACCUGCUGGCUACCGAGGAAUCGACUACGCAAAAUGGUCAGGAUACUGAAGGUCCUACGGGGUCCAAUGAGAGGGAAACUACAGUCCAAUCAGAAGCUGUUGUUCGGCAGGGAAAACGACCAGUGUUGAUCGACCUGAGAAGCGUUUCACCUGAUUCUGCGCAAUCUUUCGGUUCUCCAACUGCUUCAACGCACUCUCUGCAGGGAGCCGAUAUGUCGUCCUCGCGUGCUCUCGUCGGGAAGAAGAGACGAAGGGACGGCGACGCAUAUAGACCGGAUGAGGAGAGUGAGGAUGAAGGACACGCAGAGAAUAGUGAUGAAGAAGAGAAUGAGGACGAAGACAGGCAGAACAGCCCAGCUUCCCUCGAGAAGGGCACAAAGCGCAAAUUGGACACCGGUGAUGGAGAUGUAUGGGAAGGCGGCAUCGAGGACGAAGAGGAUGGGGAACGAGCAGCGAAGAGAAGAGCUCUAGAGAAUAUUGAAGAGUCGGGAACUCCCGUAGUGGAAGCUCCGAAAGCUGAAGGUCAGGAGCAAGAUGUAGGCAACGAGACGCAGAGAAGGCAUGGGUUUGGAAAGUGGUUCAGGUGGUGGUAGUCCUGUAAUACUAUUGUGCAAUGAUGAUAGUGCAAUGAAUGCUAUUGAAGCCUG